CCGGACAGUGGUUGCCUGCUGGUGGUUGCCUGCUGGCCUCGUCCCGCACAUGCUCGCCAUCUUGCUGGCCGUCCCGUCAACCUCGUGCUCAGCAAUGCAGACCCUCACGCUGCGUUCUUCGAAGGACCAGAUGCCGGUCGUGGGGCUCGGGCUCUGGAAGGUGCCGCGGGAGACAACGGCGGAUGCCGUGGUGGACGCCAUCAAAGCUGGCUAUCGCCACUUUGACUGUGCGUGCGACUACGGAAAUGAGGCAGAGGUGGGAGCAGGGCUACGCCGCGCGAUCGCCGAGGGGCUGGUCACGAGGGAGCAGCUGUGGGUGACGACCAAGCUGUGGAACACGUACCACGCGCCGGAGCACGUCCUUCCCGCGCUGCGCCGCUCCCUCUCCGACCUCGGCCUCGAGUACGUGGACCUGUUCCUGAUGCACUUCCCGCUCGCGCAAAGGUUUGUGCCGUUUGAGGUGCGCUACCCGCCCGAGUGGGUGUACGACCCGGACGCGCCCACCCCGACCGUCGAGCUCGCGCCCGCGCUGCUUCGCGACCUGCUCGCCUCGGCCACGCAGCCGCCUUCGGUGCUGCAGGCGGCGCCGCACGCCGUCGGAUGCGUCGCGGAAACCUCCUCCCGACGGCACCGUGCUCGCUACCUCAGCACACCACCGCUGCGCAUACCUCGCGCACCCUUCUUUGUCACCUCGGCGCGCGGCUUCGAGCUCGCGCCCGACGACCUCGCCGCCAUCGCCACGCUCGACCGCGGCAAGCGCUUCAACGACCCCGGCGUCUUCUCGGAGGGGAUGAACGCGUUCCUUCCGAUUUACGACUAG